AUGGAAAAAGAGGGAUUCGCUCGUCUCUUCCACAAUUUUGAAAAUGUGAUCGAGCCAAAGCUCUGCUCAAAAUCUGGCACAGUGCCAGCUUACCUAAAAGGGACAAUGGUUCGGAAUGGGCCAGGGAUGUUCAAAAUCGGGGAUAACGAGUAUAAACAUUGGUUCGACGGGCUCGGCUACAUUCAACGCUACCAUUUUGAGGAUGGGAAGAUGUACUACUCGGCUCGUUAUCUAGAAUCCGAGGCCUAUCAGAAGAACAUGGAGGCGCAGCGAAUUGUCGCAGGAAGUUUUGGGACGGCAGCCUUCCCUGAUCCAUGCAAAACGAUUUUCUCGAGAUUCUUCUCGAAUUUCGUGGCGAGUGAUGAGAAGCAUGAUAACGCGAACGUGGCAUUCACACCGGUUGGAGAUGGGCUGUAUGCGUGUACGGAGACACCACAUAUGUAUCGUGUGGAUUUGGACACGUUGAAGACGAUGGAACCGGCAGACUUCUCCAAAUACGUCUCCCUGCACACCUGCACCGCCCAUCAACUCUACGACUCUAACGGCGACAUCUACAACAUCGGCUCCCGCUUCGGUCCAGACUCCGCCCACGUCUUUACAGUAACCCGUAACCCGAAAACCGCUGAAAAAUCAAUAAGUGAUCACUCAUGGGAGCACACAUCAAUGAUCGGUGAGAUCAAGUGCUCCGAGGCGUUCUACCCGACAUAUAUGCAUUCGUUUGGGAUGUCUGAAAAUUAUUUGAUAAUGUUCGAGUCGCCGAUUCGGAUAGACAUUAAGAAGUUUGUGAUGAGACACUUCAUCACAACGACAUAUCGGGAUUGUAUGAAGUGGCAUGAGGAUAAAGACGUCCGGGUGUUCAUUAUGGAUAAGAAAACGGGCGGUCAGUUGAAGAUGAAACUGAAAAUGGCACCGUUCUUCACUUUCCAUCAUGCGAACACUUUCGAGAAGGACGGAUGUCUGGUUGUGGAUUACUGUAGGAUGGAGAGGACCGGCAACUUUGAUGCGUUGUUAAUUGAGAAUAUGAAGACGGGAGAGUUUCAGAAUGACCCCAACUUCCUGCCCUACCUCACCCGUCUCAUCAUCCCAUUGUCGAUCCCAGAAGGUGCUCAGCCAGGGGAUAACCUUCUGAAAUCGUUGGAUUGGACUAGUGGAUGCUCUGCAAUUUUACAGGAGAACGGGGAAAUACGGUUGAAAGAAAAGAGGGCCUGUGAUAUUUCCAUGGAAUUCCCGCGCUAUCACUGGGAGAAGAUCAAUAUGCAAGAGUACAAAUAUGUCUACGGCUCGAGUGUAUUGGGCACCCAAAAAUCUGAAGACCUUCCCGGUAUCGUGAAGGCGGAUCUGGCGAACGGCCGGCAUAAGGUGUGGCGACGUGAGAAUGUUCAACAAGUGUGUGGGGAGCCGAUUUUUGUACCCGAUCCGGAUGGUGUGGAGGAAGAUGAUGGAAUCCUCAUCGUACCCGUCAUGACAAUUUCCGAUGGUCAACGCCCAUUCGUGCUCAUCCUAGACGCUCGAAAUAUCACAGAAAUCGCCAGAUUCACUAUUCCAGAAGCCAGAAUUCCGUUGGGAUUCCAUGCGUUUUAUCAAGGACGACCGGGAAUUUAA